AUGGGUUCCAUAACUCCUCUGAUAACUAUCGCAUGUUUGGUCGGCUUGACGUCUUUUGGUGCGGCCAAAUUGAGCGAUAACGAAGUAGCAGAAGGAGUCAUAAAGCACACGCAUUACCAUACCGGUGACGUGGAACACGCGCACAAACAUGACGGUGAGGCACACCACGAGCACCACCACAAGGGAAGCGCCGAGCACGCCCAUCACCAUGGAGGAGAAUUCGGUCACGGACAUCACCACGGAGGCGAGUUCGGACACGGGCAUCAACACCACGGUAGCGCAGAUCAUAAGCACCACCACGGCGGUGAGUUCGGUCACGGGCACAAACACCACGGAAGCGCGGAACAUAAACAUCACCACGGCGGCGAGUUCGGACACGGUCACCAUCACGGCGGCAAAUUCGGUCACGGGCAUCAACACCACGGUAGCGCAGAUCACAAGCAUCAACAUCACGGCAGCGCCGCACACAAACAUCACCAUGGUGGAGAAUUCGGACAUGGACAUGAACACCACGGAAGCGCCGAACACAAGCACCAUCAUGGCGGAGACUUCGGACACGGACAUCAACACGGUGGCGAGUUCGGACACGGGCAUCAACACCACGGCAGCGCAGAUCACAAACAUCACCACGGCGGAGAAUUCGGGCACGGACAUCACCAUGGUGGCAAAUUCGGACACGGACACGAGCACCACGGAAGUGCCGCUCACAAACAUCACCACGGAGGAGAGUUCGGUCAUGGACACGAACACCACGGAAGCGCCGCACACAAACAUCACCACGGCGGUGAGUUCGGACACGGCCACCAUCACGGCGGCAAAUUCGGUCACGGGCAUCAACACCAUGGUAGCGCAGAUCACAAGCAUCAACACCACGGAAGCGCUGCACACAAACACAGUCACGGCGGCGAAUUUGGACACGGACACGAACACCACGGAAGCGCCGAGCAUGCGCAUCACCACGGAGGUGAAUUCGGACAUGGACACCACCAUGGUGGCAAGUUCGGUCACGGACAUCAACACCAUGGUAGCGCAGAUCACAAGCACCACCACGGUGGCAAGUUCGGGCACGGACACAAGCACGGUGGUAGCGCCGAACACGCUCACCAACACCACGGCAAGGCUGCUCACGGUCAUCACCACGCUGGUCACUCCAAACACCACCACAAGCACACCGUCUAA